AUGUCACGGAUAUCAAGUAAAACCAUCUUCCUCGGAAUCGUAGGAUUGGCCAGCUUCGCGUAUGCCAAGUCAGGUUGGGGGGAAGCUUGUUCACAAGCAAAUUCUCAUCUUGACUCUGAUACCUGGGCGUUGGACUCUGAUUGCGAUGCGACAACUUACUGCGCGGACAAUUCUACCUGCGCGUAUCGUGGAUGUCGCAAGGACAUAUAUCCAUUCGGAUACAAUGGUGUAGCUUUUGAUCAACUCCCAGCCCUAUGUCCAUUAGGACAAUUUUGUCCGGACGAAGGGGAUCGCUGUUUGGAUCAAGUUCCCGUUGGGGGUAGUUGUCAAAAAGAUCGGGAUGAUGAAUGUGCACCUUCUCCUGACUGGAACGAUCUCAAUGGAUAUCUCAACGUGAAUGGUACUGUUUGUCUCAACUUUGUUUGCCAAUAUGCCAAUGUCACACUUGGCUUGCAAUGCAUAUUGGAAAACACCCCUUACACCGGGUAUUUAGAUUCAGGUGCUCAAUACGCUUUUGUCAUUUCGAGAGAUAAUUGUGCGAAUGGACUGUAUUGCGACGGCACAGCUAUGCAGUGUAUGAAAGAUAAAGCUUUCGGUGCGGCAUGUACGGGUAACAAAGAAUGUCUAUCAUACAAUUGUGGCUCUGAUCACAAAUGUGGUCGAGCAGCGGAUGAACCUAUCCAUCCUGGUACAUACGCCUACGUCCUAGUUGGUCUAGGUAUAACCAUUCUAAUUCUGAGCGUCAUGAUUUCACUCUGGUUCGUCCAUAGAAGAUCAAGGAAAGAAAAUCAAAUCAAGCUUGAACAAUAUUACAACGAACAAAUCGCUUAUAGACAAUCAAUCAUGUCAAUGUCACAUGCCAAGAACUCUUUAUUAUCAUUACCACCCAACACUGUAAGUCUUUCUACUGAUUGA